UUAUAACCUCUAUUUUACUCAAUAAUAAUAAACUACUGUGCAAAAUAACGCUGCUACUGGAGUUACUGUGGACAAAAAGCAGAAAGCAGACCAGGGCCAGCAUACACAAAAAAGUAACGGCAAUGAGAGUUGAUAAAUCUGGGAAUUUACCAUGGGUUGAAAAGUACCGGCCAUCAACAUUAGAUGACCUCAUUUCACAUGAGGAUAUUAUUAAAACCAUUAACAAAUUUAUAAAUGAAAAUCAACUACCGCAUUUAUUAUUUUAUGGUCCUCCUGGUACUGGAAAAACAAGUACAAUCCUGGCUUGUGCCAAAAAAUUGUAUAAGCCGGCACAAUUCAGCUCGAUGGUGUUGGAGUUAAACGCGUCGGACGAUCGAGGUAUUGGUAUUGUUAGAGGACAAAUCCUUAGUUUUGCAAGCACAGGAACAAUGUAUAGAUCUGGAUUUAAAUUAAUUAUACUGGAUGAAGCUGAUGCUAUGACAAAUGACGCUCAAAAUGCUCUGAGAAGAAUUAUGGAAAAGUAUACCGAGAAUGUAAGAUUUUGCAUUAUUUGUAAUUAUCUAAGUAAAAUCAUACCUGCACUGCAAUCCAGGUGCACUAAAUUCCGGUUUGGUUCACUUAACUCUGAGCAGAUUCUUCCGAGACUUGAGCACGUCGUUAAAGAAGAAAAUAUCAAAAUAACUGAAGAUGGUAAACGUGCUCUGAUGGAACUAAGUGGCGGGGAUAUGAGAAAAGUCCUUAAUGUUCUUCAAAGUACGUGGCUAGCAUUCGGAGAUGUUACUGAAACAAAUGUUUAUUCCUGUGUUGGUCAUCCUCUGCCAAUUGAUAUAAAAAAUAUCGUAAAUUGGUUGCUAAACGAGCAAUACUUUUCAGCUUACUCGAAGAUCAAUGAUUUAAAGAUAAAAAAAGGUCUCGCGCUACAAGAUAUACUGACUCAAUUACAUCUAUUGGUUAACAAAAUUGAAUUUCCAGAUAAUAUAAUUAUGGAACUAAUUAUUAAACUAGCACAAAUUGAAAAGCAAACUGCAGCUGGAUGCAACGAAGCAGUCCAACUAAAUGCUCUAGUUUCAGCUUUUCAAAAUGCUCGGGAUAUUGAAAAGGUGUGAGAAGUGCUGCCGUAGAGAAGUGCCAUGACAAGUAUUAAGUACACGGUGAUGCUUGGAAUAUGAAAAAUUCAGUGUAAAACAAUCGUCGCGUCGAGUUGAAUUUAGAAAUGUCUCUUAAUUUAUUUAAUACAUUUAUAUAUUUUUUUUUGUUUUUAUGACAUGUUUAAAAUCUUUUUUCGUUACUUCUGGCUGCAUCUUUUAUGCUUACCAGCAAACAACAAAACUGGUAAAAAUUUUUUUUUCUCGCGGACAUCAUUAUCCAAGUGUAUCCUAUUAAAUAUAACGAGAAUCAACACUGAGAUAUGUCAACCAACUUUUUAAA